UACUACCAUAUGGCUGUACCCUUGCUUUAAUUCAGAUUCAGGCAAAACCACCUAACAGCUUAUCACAUGUUGUUCAAAAUAUUUAGAACUUGUGGUUGUUGCUUAAAUUUGUAAGAUUCUGCAUUUUCUGUUGCAUAUAUUGUGUUUUUACAAUACAAACAACCUUUUCUAGCUUUUAGAAUUUUUGUAACACAUCAAAGAAAUAAGUAUCCAAUUUUGGAGACAGAAAACUUAUUAUAUGGUGAAGUUUAUAAUAUUUUAAUUCUGUCCAGAGUGCUUCAGGUAUUCUGAUUAAAGAUAUUAUCCAGUGGUAUAUGUUUUUUCCACUAAAAAUGUACACUGAGCACAUGGAAGCCUAUUUUUGACAGAGUAUUUUGUUUUGACAAAAUAAUGAUUUACAUCAAAACUGUCCAGAAAGCAGAAACCACUGCUAACUAUAUCGAACACAAAGACCCGUCUCACAUUUAUCAAGAAAAAAACUUUGGUGGUGAUCCCCAAAACAUUUGGGAAAAUAUUCUGCAGACUUAUGUGACAAAAGUGAAACUUUCCAUCUGACAAGAAACUAACCCAGCAUUUCAGCAAAGGGGCAUCAUACAGGUAAAUUCUGCUUUCUACCAGAAAAUCCUGAGGGAGAUGUCUACCCAUCAGUUUGUAACUUUAAGCACAAGUGCACUUGGAUGCAACAGGAAAAUGACUCAAAACACAACAGCAAGUCCAUCUUUGUUGAAAAUGUUUUUUUGUAAUUAUUCAGGUUAUCUUUGUCUGAUAUGAAAAUGUCUUUGAUCAUCUGUAAAAUUCAAGUGUGACAAAUACACAAAGUAAAAUCAGAGGAAGGGAGCAAAUACUUUUCCCAGUAUUGCACAUCUAAAGUGAGUUUGAUUGAAUUUUCUGAAAAGUCUGGCCAAUAGCUUUAAGGCUUUCUUCUCUCAUUCCGUUCAUUCAAGUUGUGCUCCAGUUUGUGUAGAAAGCAUUAAGUUAGUUCUUUUAAAAAUGUGAGAUUUCCUAUUAAUUUAUCCUUUAUCUUUUAACCUAAUAUAGAUGACACAUCUAGAUGACACAUGCUUGAGUCACAUCUGUUUCUUAAAAAGCCAUGUCAGGAAACCUUGUUCCUGUGCAGUCUUUACAUGAAGGAGGAAGUGAAGACUUUAGCUUUUUUUGCAUCCAGACACCACAGUCAGCACGUAUACUUUGGCAGGAUGAACACCUCACAUGCACAAUCUCUGUUGGAGGAAAUGGACCUUGAGGAAUUUGAUGGUGGAACAGUGGUGGCGUGUGUGAUCCUGGGUCUGUCAUUCUUGGUUGGUGCUCCGGGCAACCUCCUUGUGAUAUGGACCAUCCUGAGGCAUGUGAAGCAGCGCUCCCACACAGUGGUUCUCAUCUUGCACCUGGCUGCUGCAGAUCUGGUGGUCCUGAUCACCCUCCCUCUCUGGAUCUACUCCCUCGCCCAGUCCUGGGUCUUUGGACUGACAUGCUGCAAAGCCAUGGUGUUUGUGAUCAACGCCUGUAUGUACAGCAGCGUUUUCGUCAUCACGCUUAUGAGUGUGGAACGUUUUGUCGCCGUACGUUAUCCCUUUGUCUCUGCAGUUUGGAAGAGGAAACAUGCCCUGAAUAAAGUCCUGCUUGCUCUAUGGUCAGCUGCUUUCCUGUUCAGCAUACCUAUCAUUCUGACUCAGACAGUCGGGGAAGACGAUGGUAAGGCACACUGCCUGUAUCGUGAGUAUACUUCUCACACUCAGGAGCUGGUGUGUCUGCUGCUGGAGACAGUUGUGGGUUACAUGCUUCCCUUCUCAAUUCUUGUGGUCUGUUAUGCGUGCUUGUGCAGCCGCAUCACUCAGAUGACCUUCAGGUCCAAGCGAAAGUCCACUGUCUUGAUUACAAGCAUAGUAGUUGCAUUUGCCAUUUGUUGGACACCACAUCAAAUAGGAAACAUCAUCUCGCUCAUAAUCCUGGCCAUUGAUGGCUCAUUCAGUGAUACAGCACAGAACCUGGAAACUGUGAGACAAGCCAUGGCUUUCGUAGCAGGAGCCAUGGUCUUCAUCAGCAGCAGCAUUAAUCCGGUCCUCUACAUGUUCGCGGCCCGCUCUUUCAGGGAGUCGCUACGUGACACCGGCAUCCAGAAGCUCUUCCGCCACAUCUCCAGCACCUCGCCGGGUGAGGGAAACAGGGAGGUGUCCUUUGUGUCGAGGAGACAAAGCAAUCAGACCACCAGCUCUCAGUGUGUGACUGAUUCAAAAGAUCAAAUUAAUAUGUUUUGAAAUUGUGUGUAAAUAAUCCUUCCCUUGUCACUGAAAUGUGUGAGGGUUUUUCUUGUGGAUUGCUGUUUAUAAUAUGUUAUUUCAUCCCUGUUUGAAUGAAACCUCAACUGGUUUAAAAUAAAACAGAUAAGAAACAUGUCUCUGCUGAUCUAUCCAGUGCAUUUUGCAUUUUUUUCUGUUAAUUUAUUUAUGAAACUUUAUGUAUGGUGUACUCUUUAUGCCUUGUGCAAGUGCCUCUAAUCAUAAAAAGCAUGAAUUUGUGUGUGUCAAAAAAAAUUGAAUAAAAGCCUUUUUUUAAAUUA